AUGGAGGACCCCUUCCCCGCGGUUCUGAUGCCCGGCGAAGCCGAAGCUUUGGUGGACUCGCUCAAGAAUUUCCAGCUGAGGGAUAUCGGGAGCCAUGGGUGGCUACGGCAACAUGAGUUCAUUGAAAAGCUGAACAUGCAAGCCAUACUGAAUGCUUCUGCAGGCCAUGAGCAGCUCCUUACUGAGCUUCUGGUGAAUAAUGCCAAGAUCCCAACUCUCAUUGAAGAAUUAAUUACUGUGGCCAUCUGGAAGCAAAAAAUCUUCCCUAUACUGUGCAAACUGGAGGAUUUCAACCCCAAAAGCACCUUUCCCUUGUAUUUAGUGCUGCGCCAUGAAGCUUCAAUUAUUAAUCUCUUGGAGACAGUAUUUUUUCACAAGGAGAUCUGUGAAUCAGCAGAGGACACCAUUCUGGAUUUAAUUGAUUACACUCAUAGGAAACUGACCCUGCUAGCAGCUCAAAGUGCCAAUGGGAAGAUACCAUUUGAACAAAAGCUUCAACCUGAAGAUCUUGCCAAUCCUUCAUCAAUGCAGGAAUUAAAGAAGCAAGCUGAAAUGAUGGAGUUUGAGAUCUCACUGAGAGCUCUUUCAGUGUUCCGUUUCAUUACUGAUAUGAUAGAGAGUUUGCCAGUAAGUGCUGUGACAAGGAUGCUGAAUACCCACAAUUUUCCAUGUCUUUUGGUCCAGCUGAUAGAGCAUUGUCCAUGGACCUAUCAUGAAGAAGGAAAAUUGAAGAAAUUUGAGAAUGGUUCAUGGUAUGAAGUUGCCCAUAAAGACUGUAUGAAGAUGACUAAAUUGGAUGGGCAAGUGUGGCUUGCUCUUUAUAACCUGCUCCUUAGCUCAGAAUGCCAGCGCAAGUACGAACUGAAUAACUUUAACAAAAGCCAGCUCCUCAAGCUUCGUGCCUUCCUGACUGAUGUUCUUGUUGACCAAUUUCCCAAUCUUUUGGAGAUGCAGAAAUUCCUGAGCCAUCUUGCGAUAACAGAUCCUGCUCCACCCCAGAAGGACCUCAUACUGGAGCAGGUUCCUGAAAUUUGGGAUCAAGUUGUCAGAAAGAACUCUGGAAAAUGGCAAGCAAUUGCUAAACACCAGGUAAACAAUAUGUUUAGCCCUUCAGAAGAGGAGUUGAAAAGCCAGGCUUACAGAUGGGCAAAGACAUAUAACCUGGAUGUAAUGGAAGCCCUAAUUCCAGAUAAACCCAAGUGUGGGAUGUGUGGCUCUGAGGCCACGAAACGCUGCUCCCGUUGUAGGAAUGAAUGGUAUUGCAAACGAGAGUGUCAAGUGCAGCACUGGCGAAAGCACAAGAAAGCUUGUAACUUGAUUGCUGAUACACUGAAGAAAUUACAGGAAGAAGUACACGUGCAGGCAACAUCCCUUAAGUAA